CUAGCACACACAUACAUGCGUUAAAGCCAGAUCCUGAUCACACACAUACACACACACACACACACAUACACACACGCCCUGUUCUUGCCUGCCUCCCUUGACUCCCUGCAUGAGGUGCUUUUUGCUGUGGCGAUGUCGGGUUUUGUGGACGGAUAUCGCUUCCACUGGAGGAGAACGUGCUGAAACUUCCUCGCACCUCCUCUUUCAUCUGUCACGAACCUGCUGCUAACUGCUGUCGUUGUUCGUGGCUUUAAAUGUCCUCUGCCAUGGCGAAGCGUGAGGCUGGGAGCACCAGCCCUGUGGUCCGUCAGAUAGACAAGCAGUUUCUGGUCUGCAGCAUUUGCCUGGAUCACUACCGCAACCCCAAGGUCCUGCCCUGCCUGCACACCUUCUGUGAAAGUUGUCUCCAGAACUACAUUCCCCCAGAGUCUCUGACGCUCUCGUGUCCAGUGUGUCGGCAGACGUCCAUCUUGCCGGAGAAAGGAGUUUGUGCUCUACAGAACAACUUCUUCAUCACUAAUCUCAUGGAGGUCCUUCAACGAGACCCAGAGUGCUCGCGGCCGGAGGCCUGCAGUGUCCUGGAGUCAGUCAGUGCCGCAGUUGCAGGAAAACCCCUCUGCUGCCCAAACCAUGAGGGGAAGGUGAUGGAGUUCUACUGCGAAUCAUGUGAGACGGCCAUGUGUCUGGACUGUACAGAGGGCGAGCACCGGGAGCAUGUGACUGUUCCUCUGCGGGACGUCGUGGAACAGCACAAGGCUGCGCUGAAGACACAGCUGGACGCAAUACACAGCAGGCUCCCUCAGCUGACAGCAGCCAUCGAGCUGGUGAGUGAGAUCUCUCGCCAGCUGAAUGACAGGAAGAAUGAGGCAGUGGCAGAGAUUACCAGCACGUUCGAAGAGCUGGAGCGGGCGCUGCAUCAGCGCAAGUCGGCCCUCAUCACAGACCUGGAGAGCAUCUGCAGCGCCAAGCAGAAGGUCCUGCAGACCCAGCUCUCAUCUCUCCUUCAGGGGAAGGAACACAUCCAGAGCAGCUGCAGCUUUACAGAGCAGGCUCUCAGCCACGGGAGUGCUACUGAGGUGCUGCUGGUUCAGAAGCAGAUGAGUGAGCGGGUAACAGCGCUGGCCCGACACGACUUUCCCGAGAGACCACAUCAGAAUGCACACCUGGACUGCCAGGUGGAGACUGAAGGUCUGCGACGCUCCAUCCAAAACCUGGGUGUUCUCCUCACCACAGCAGCUGUAGCUCACACCUCCGUCGCCACAGGAGAGGGCCUCCGCCAUGCAGCAACCGGGCAGCACCACACCGUUACUGUGACAACAAAAGAUAAGGAUGGCGAGCUGGUGCGGACAGGAAACGCUGUUUUAAAAGCAGAGAUAACGUCCGUUGAUGGGAACCGCGCUGCAGAGACAGAGGUAACGGACAAUAAGAACGGAACAUAUGAGGUGGGCUACACGUUACGCUCUGAGGGAGAGUACUCCUUCGCUCUGCUGCUGUACGGCCAGCCGAUACGCAGCAGCCCGUUCCGCCUGCGGGCAGUGAAGCCCUCAGAUGUGCCGCAGUCUCCGGAUGACGUGAAGAGGAGGGUGAAGUCUCCCAGCGGGACAGGGGGCCACAUACGGCAGAAAGCGGUGCGGCGGCCCUCCAGCAUGUACAGCACCACCAAGAAAAAGGAGAACCCCAUUGAAGAUGAGCUCAUCUACAGAGUGGGGUCCCGGGGCAGAGAGAGGGGGGAGUUCACCAAUCUGCAGGGAAUCUCAGCCUCUAGUAACGGCAGAGUGGUGGUGGCUGACAGCAACAACCAGUGCAUACAGGUAUUCUCCAAUGAUGGCCAGUUCAAGAUGCGCUUUGGGGUCAGAGGUCGGUCUCCGGGGCAGCUGCAAAGACCGACAGGCGUCACUGUGGACAUGAACGGCGACAUUGUUGUGGCUGACUAUGACAAUCGUUGGGUCAGCAUCUUCUCCUCUGAUGGCAAGUUUAAGAAUAAGAUCGGCGCAGGCCGGCUCAUGGGUCCUAAAGGUGUGGCUGUGGAUAAGAAUGGACACAUCAUCACCGUGGACAACAAGGCCUGCUGUGUCUUCAUCUUUCAGUCCAAUGGGAAGCUUGUGACUAAGUUUGGAGGCAGGGGGACAUCGGAGAGACAGUUUGCAGAAAAACUUGGCCCAAACUUAAAUAAAUCUGGCUCAGUUUUCAGUCCACACUUUGUUGCAGUUAACAACAAGAAUGAAAUAAUUGUGACCGAUUUUCACAAUCACUCUGUGAAGGUGUACAGUGCAGAUGGAGAGUUCUUGUUCAAAUUUGGCUCUCACGGUGAAGGCAAUGGUCAGUUCAACGCUCCCACUGGUGUAGCUGUGGACUCCAAUGGUAACAUCAUUGUUGCAGACUGGGGUAACAGCAGAAUACAGGUGUUUGACAGCACAGGCUCCUUCUUAUCCUACAUCAACACCUCAGCAGACCCACUCUAUGGCCCCCAGGGCCUCGCCCUCACCUCAGAUGGACAUGUGGCUGUCGCUGACUCCGGCAACCACUGCUUUAAGGUUUACAGAUAUCUGCAGUAGGCUGAGGAAGACACAUGUCCUGUUCAGACAAGUUAAUGUCACAUAUCACUUGUGGACAUAGAGCUGCAAUGUGCCUGCACACUUUACAGUGACCCCAAACAUUAAUUUCCUUUUUAUUUUGUCUGUAAGAUCUAAUAUUCAGAGCAGACAACAUACAAAUCUGAAAAAAAUGUCAGAUAAAAAACAACUCAAACCCCAAAAGUGUAAUUAAAAUGUUAUUAAAACAGAACAAGCCAGUUAUCCAAAAACUUGUUGUAAAAAGUAACAUUGUUUCUCAAAAGACUAUCUUGUUUUAAAAAAAAAGUUUAAAAUAAAUAAAAAUGUAAACGCAGCUAAGAAACAAAACCUGUGAUCAGAUAUUUCCCUAUCUGAUCACACAUGGUUUGUCUACCUGAAACUGUAGAAGGGGAAAAUGAACUGGAGAUUAGCCUGUGGAAUAAGGCGUUUCAGCUCUGUGUCUUCAAAGUGCGACCUCACCAGUAGACAGCCUGACAAAUCUAAAGUCGGUGAUACACUGCAAUUUUUUGGGCAACAAUCCCAGCAAACCAACCAGCAAACAGAGUGAGACAGGGAAGCAGGGAGGAGUCAACCACACUGUUUCACCCCCCUCGAGGAGAAGACGACGCUUUGUGACUGAAGUACAGUAACAAUGCUCAGGCUUUUUCUUGAACACUGUUGCAUGUCAGUGUGCUCCAAAAAAUUCCCCUGUGGUCACUGCCUUAUGAUUCCUCAUCAGUAAACACAACAGAACACAUACACACAGACAGGAAUGUGUUGUUUUAAAAGAAAUGAUUUCUUAUUCUCAUUCUGCACCUUAUCACUCUGACUAAAUCCCUGCACAUGAAUAUAGUAAUUUUUUGUUACCAAUAUGCAAAUUUUUUUUGUUUUUGUACCCAAAGACAAGCAAAAAGAAGCACAACAGUUAAUAGGAUGAAAAGGUUUUUGAACCAGCUCAAAUCUUAACAUCAAGUCUAACUAGUCUUUCUCUUCUAUUUACUCAAACUUCUUCUAUCUGAUCCCACUAGUUCUUGCACUUUUGUGUAUUCAUAUCUACAACCUGAUAUAGUUGUAUAUAUGCAUAUUUAGAUGUGUGUGUACAUAUAUAUAUAUAUAUAAUAUAUAUAUAUAUAUAUAUAUAUAUAUAUCAUGGAAAAAGGAAAAAAAUAUUUUAUUCCAACUUUAUGAGCAACAGUGUAUAUAUAUAUAUAUAUAUAUAUAUAUAUAUAUAUAUAUAUACACACAUAUGGAUUUGGUGUCCAUGUUAUUUCACUAUAUAACCUACUUAUUCCAGCACCUACUGAAUCAAGAAUUUCAACACUGGAGUAUAUACUAAUACAGUAGUAGAAGGUCAUGCCAAGUAGUAGCCAACUGAAUGACAUCAAUGGAACAAUGUUGUAUACACAUUAUUUGCUGUAUUUUAUUUUUGCAAAGGAUUUAAUUUAUUUUUAAUUUUCUUUUCUACAUAAUUUGUUCUACAAAUUAUUUUUCUAAUUGGUGCGUUUGAACUGUCUCCUCUUUGCCAAACGUCAUUGUACAUAGGUCUUGUAACUUGUAGCACUGAAAGCUGUUCUCUCUCGUUUGCCUCCUCCUCCUCCUCAAUGAGCUCACAUCCAGUUAUACACAGUAACUUCUUCUUCCCUCCGCCAAAAACGUAUUGUCGUAAGUUGUUGUUGAACAUUGCACAAAAUACAAAUAUUAUAAGAGUUAUAUAUAGUUUGCAAGAGUAAUAUAUGCCUCUGUGUAUAGUUAUCAUUUAACAUAAUCAGAAAAGUGUAGUGUAUAUUACAAUCAUAUUCUUGUUGUAGCUCACAAGCACCUUUUAUCAUGGAUUUUCCAGUGGUUGCAUUCAUUUGCUUUGUGGUUCGGUGUUUUGAAGGUUUUCUGUGUUUGCUCUUAGAGAAACACAACACCAGCUAACACGCAGUGACACUGAGAGUUUUUCCCCUGUGUUUUAUUCUUUUACUGUAUGAACCCUGUAACCGAUCUCUCUCCAUCUGAAUUUUUCACUCAUUGGAAAACUCUGUAAUGACAAUUCCCUCCUCCAUUAAUUGUUCAAUUCAAUAAUCCUGUUUUUUUUUUUUACUAUCUCUCACCUGUACUGGUCACUGACCUGCUCAUGUCUGUGUGAAAUAAAGGAAUAAAGGAAGAACAUAUAAAUGAAACACAACCAUCAACCAUCUUGUGUAGCCUACUGUAUACAACAAGAGGCCAGUCUUACAAGUAAUCACUAUGUAAUCAUGGCAAAGGUAUGAUUGUAAAUAUUAAAGAAUAACACGACAAA